AUGGACGGGAGGCUGGCGAAUGCCGAGGAACUCCCCUUCGACAAAAAGUAUCCGGUCAUCCUAUCACGAUCACACGAGAUCACACAGCGGUUGAUUCAACACUACCAUGAGGAGUUCGGGCACGCAAACUCCGAGACGGUUUUCAACGAAAUGAGACAGCGGUUUCAAAUUCCAAAUCUGCGUGUGGAGAUCCAGAAGGUAGCUGACAAAUGCAUAUGGUGCAAGGUGCAUAAAUGCCUUCCAAGGUCGCCGAGGAUGUCUCCAUUGCCAGUUGAUCGGGUUACGCCGAAUCGACGGCCUUUCAACUCCGUAGGUAUCGAUUAUCUGGGCCCGGUGGAAGUAGUAGUCGGACGGCGAAAGGAGAAGCGUUGGGUGGCCGUAUUCACUUGUUUAGCCGUGAGAGCAGUGCACCUGGAAGUUGUGCACAGUUUGACGACGGAGUCUUGUCGGAUGGCCAUCACUCGUUUCCGUAACAAGUUCGGGGCGCCAAGUCAUAUAUAUUCCGACAAUGCUACGUGUUUCCAGGGUGCAAACAACGAAAUGAUCCGAAUGGCGAGCAUCAAUCAACAAUGUGCUGAAAGUAUGGCCAGUCCCUCUACCGCCUGGCACUUCAAUCCUCCUGGAACGCCGCAUAUGGGCGGCAUCUGGGAACGCAUGGUGCGAUCGGUGAAGACAGCAAUGCGAGCACUGGAUGAUGGAAGGAAGCUGACGGACGAGAUUCUGGCGACAAUCCUUGCGGAAGCGGCCGAAAUCAUAAAUAUGCGUCCGCUGACCUACUUGCCGCAAGAUUCGGCAGAAACGGAGGCGCUGACCCCAAAUCACUUUCUCAGGGGAACAGUGACCUGUGCCGAUACAAACACGGAAGGUGGGCCAACGGAACUUGCGGAGGUACUGCGAAAUGACUACCAGCGAUCGCAGUAUCUCGCUGACAAAAUGUGGGCUAGAUGGAUCAAGGAGUACCUGCCGACCAUCAACAGCCGAUCAAAGUGGUUCGACGACCAGAAACCGCUAAAAGAGGGCGACUUAGUGUUCGUGGUCGACGGUAAAAACCGGAAGAGCUGGAAGCGUGGCAUAGUGGAGACAGUGAUCAAGGGAUCAGAUGGAAGAGUACGACAGGUGGACGUAAGAACUGCAGACCGUAAGAUUCAAAGACGUGGUGUGGUGAACUUGGCGGUGUUAGAGGUUCAGUAA